CUGCUUCCGGUUUUUGAGCACGUGUCCAGUGUUUGAUAACAAACUUUGAAACAAAAUUUUCUUUAGAUUUGUCUUAUAAUGGUAUAUAAAUAUGGGUAAAUCGAAGAAACAAAGAAAGGGGAAGAAAUUUAACUAUGACAAGAAUAGAAGAAAGGAGUGGAAAAAGUCGAAGAAGUUGCCAAGUAUUGAAUGUACUCAAAUAAAAAAGGCAUGGGAUCCCAAGAAGUCAAUGAGAAGAAAUCUAGAAGAGAUGGGAAUUUCAGCUGAUCCCAAUCAGACUAUCAAGAUCCCAAAAACAAAGGAUUUUUUGAUGGACGAUGAAAAUAAUCCAGAAACUGAAAUAGAAGAGAAAAAAGUCCCUAAAAAACAACCUAAGGAACAUGUUGUUCACGAGUUGGAGGCCGAGGCUAGUGUACCACUGGAGAAGACACUGAGACUGUCCUCUGAAGAGACAAAGUACUGUAUAUAUAUGAUGGAGAAGUAUGGAGAAGACUUCAAGGCUAUGGCAAGAGACAGAAGAAAUUAUUAUCAAGAGACCCCAAAACAGAUCAAAAGAAAAAUCAAGGCCUUUAUGAAUAUCCCAGAGCAGUACAAUGCUUACCUGGCCACCAAAGCUUCAUCAUCAGGAUGCAGUUCUUUCAUCCAUGCACAUGUUGAAGAAAUCACCUUAAACAGACUCGAACCAGGGGCAUCGGAGAACAAGCAUGACAACUGCACCACUGGAUCAGAAUUUUGUCUCUCUGAACCAAACUCGUUGCCCUCCAUCACCAGUUGUGUAGUACAGUCAAGUGGAGAAUCUGGUUCGAUCCCCUCAACUCCGCCCUGUAAGCGACUUAUCGAGAUGCCAAAGAUUCCUCGGAGAGUGACCCGGACAUACCGCGCCAAGCGACGGAACGGGCAUUACCUCACCCCCACGUUAUGGGACACACCAGUCAAAAACCCUAACAUAAACUCUGUAUACUCCAGAAACGAAGUGCCCUUCCACAAAGUAAGAAGAAAGCUGCAUUUUGGUAGAAAGCCCCCUACAGAUAGGCAUAACACUGAGUCUGACAAAGAACCCUCAUCAUCUGAUAUCAGUGACAAAAAGAAAGUCAUGGAAACUGCAAAGGAUGAUGGGAACAGAGAAGUCACUAUGGCAACGGAAGAAGAUGAGCCCUUGGCUGUACCCCUUGUCAAAGGAAACAAGACAGCUAGAGAACUCAAACAUUUAAGUGACCUCAGUGACCUGCUGCCCACCCGUCUUAGAUCCUCCACCAAGUUUUGUAGUGAAUCUCAUAUGCAAGAUUUUACAUUUCAUGGCUUAAGGGCAUAGGUACAUAAGAUCUAUGUAUGCCAUGCAAUUAUCGAGUGCUUAUGUUCUGCACUAUGUUGGAAAACCUCAGCAUUAGUUUUACUUUUCAACAUCUUGCCAUGUUAUACUUUUUAUAGUGUUCAGCAAUGAGUGCUUCUAUUGUCCAGAUAGACAAUUCUGACAUUAUGGUAGUCAUUUUUAUGAUGGGAAAAAUACUCAGAGUCGAUGCAGAAAUUGUAAUGUUUGUUUUAAUAGGAUCAUUUCCUUGUUUAUUUUUCUUUUUAAUUUUUUGUCAGAUAGUUGUGUAAGUUGGUUUAAGAUGGUCAGAGUCCCUAAUAUACAUAAUUAUUUAAUAAAUAAGGUAAAUAAUAAUCUUUUUGGUUUAAAUGGACCAUUUUAUACUGAAUUAUUAUAUAUUUUUUUUAGAAAAGACUGGAUUUUGUACAGUAUACAUGUAUAUUCACAUUUUUACCAAUUCCUUUGUACAUGUAAAUUGCUAACAGAUGUUUUAUUGUAAGGUGCAGUUUUAAUUUCUCCAAUGUUUUACUAUUUUUUCUUCAAUAUAAUUAUGUACAUUUUGUACAUACACAUGUAUAUGGAAGAGAAUUAUUAAUUUUUAUGAAGAGAAAGAGUUGGUAUUCUGAAGAGAUUCUGCUUGCUCUUUUUUGGUUUUUAAUAUGAAGCGGAUUGUUGUUUCAUGUCUUUGUGUAUAUAUAUAAAAUUAAUCACUUGAACCUUGAAAAAAACAGUAAACAUAUUAAAUUUCAUUUUAAAGCUGUGUUAUCCAAAAGACUGCAAUAGUGUUUUUGGUUGAUUUUUUUAAUACAAUAUUGGUGGUGCUUGAGACAUUUCAGAGUGCAUUUUGUUUUAAAUAUGUGUUUAGAGUAUAUGUAAUAAUGAUCACAAGUAUGAUACAAGAAAAAGCAAUUUAGAUUUUUCUUUUAUCAAAAGAAAAAAUUCAAAAGAAUUUUUUUCUCCUUCAUGUGCUUUUGUUGCUGCAGAUUUUCAUAGUGCAUUUCAUUUUGUUGUCCAUUUGCUUGACCAUGUAUGAUAUGUAUGUCAGGUCAGCAUACAGUGUACAUGUCAACAAAAUUAUCGUUUUUCUUUGAGAAACCAAUUUAGUAGGUGAUUUUUAUGUGCAAUUUGAUGAUCAUUUGUUAUGUUUCUUUUGAAUAAUAAUGCCUGAUUUUGUUGCAUUAUUUUUUUUUUUUAUAAGUUUCUGAUGUUGGUGACAAAUUUUAUAGAGGAUGUACCGUAUUGUUGACUCUUGUUUUUGUAUAGUAGAUGCAUGCUUUAUAGAUGAUACUAUAUUUCAGUUAUUAAAUAAUUCAACAACAAAA